CGAAUAUAUUAAUAUCUAUUAAUACAGUCACACUUUUAUAAUAUAUUAUUAUUAUAGUUUGCUGUUUAUUUUCUUAUUACCAAGUUUGUAUAUAUUAUACAUACAUACAUAUGUAUAAAAGUUGUAGUUUGUAUAAUUCACGUCAAUACUCUUAUUAGUCUCAUUUACGUUUGAAUUUUAGCAUUAGCGCUAAGUUUUUCUAGUAAAAUAUUUAUUUGUAAAAUAAAGACGAUGAAGAUGUAAAAAAGUAAUUAUAAUAAUGAAUUGUAAUACGUCUUAUAAUGUAAGAAAAUAGGAAUUAUAACUUUGUACUUUGUAUCUUGAUUAUCUAAUUAUAAGACUCCUUCAAGUUUGCUUAUAUAGUAUCUUAAGAAUGCGUGUUAUUGCAUUUUCAUAUGCAAAUAGUAUAAUUGCCUCCGUUCUAUCUUGUUAUAAAAGCGUUGUUCACAGCACAAUAUUAAUCAAACGUGAACGAAAACGUUGGAGAAUUAAAGUGUUACUAAAUGUUUAAUUUAGUUAUUUAAUCGUCGUGUUAUUAUUUAUCAUUGUGGAAUUAAGUGACGUGAAAUAAAGAAAAGUUAUAAAGGAUAAAGAUACUACGAAUCUUGCAGUUUUAUCCCACGAUUGAAUUUUGAAUAAAAGGAGGCAGCAGAUUAUAAGAAUGGAUUUCAUCUUUUUGAUAUUAUGCACUAUUUGCAUUAUUGCGAUUUUCGCAGUUUCGCGAUUUUCGAUAAUUUAUCAUAAGUAUGUUCUUCGAGAAAAACUUAAACAUAUUCCUCACACCGGCGGAUAUCCUUUUAUUGGAGUAACAAUUGAGCUGAUAAAACUAUCACAUUAUGAACAUAUGAAAUGGUUUCUGAGAUUUAUGGAGGAGACUCAAAAAGGAUUAUUCGUACAUUGGGUUGCGAGCACGCCUUUUGUUAACGUGUAUAAACCAGAAUAUUUAGAGGUUAUUCUUUCGAACACCGUAAAUAUCACAAAAGGGAUUCCUUAUAAUAUUUUAAAAGAAUGGUUGGGCAACGGACUUUUGACUUCUACAGGGAAACAGUGGUUCCACGAUAGAAAACUCAUUGGACCAACGUUUCAUUAUAGUAUAUUAGAUCAAUUUGCUGUGGUUAUCUCUGAAAAAGCAGAGAUCUUAACAAAAUGUCUCGAAAGAAAAAUAGACGAAGAUCCUGAGAAAGCCUUUGAUAUUUUUCCACUUGUUGUCAAUGCUACUCUUGAUAUUAUCUGCGAAACAGCAAUGGGUGUGGACAUACAUGCUCAAGAAGUCACAACCAAAUAUGCAUCAGCAGUACAUGAAGCAUCCCACUCAAUAAUAGAACGAGUAAUUCGACCAUGGUACUGGAUUAAUUCAUUAUACUAUUUACUGCCUUCAGGGAAGCAGUUUAAAUCAGCACUUGAUACAAUGCAUGGAUUUACAACAGAGGUGAUAAGUAAGAGACAAGCUGAACGACAAUUGCAAAGCUGUCAUACAUCGGAAAUUGAAAAUGAGGACCACGAAUUUAAUAUAGGUAACCGGAAAAGGAAAGCGUUCCUAGAUUUAUUAUUAGAUCUGAAUGCGAAAGACGACGCUCCCUUGACCGAUGAUGAGUUAAGAGCGCAAGUUGACACGUUCAUGUUUGAGGGACACGACACAACUGGGGUCGCGAUAACUUGGGCUCUUUUUCUCUUGGGCAAUAAUCUCGACCAUCAGGAAAAAGUUCACGAAGAACUCAAAGAGGUUUUCAAAGAUUCUGAAAAACCAGCUAGUUUACAGGAGUUGUCGCAGUUAAAGUAUCUCGACAGAGUCAUAAAAGAGUCUCUCCGCAUUUUUCCGAGUGUACCUUUAAUUUCGAGGAAACUCACAGAAGAUAUAAAAUUGGAUAAAUAUACGAUUCCAAAAGAUGUCUAUGUUAUAUUACCACUUAUGAUGACACAUCGAAACUCGAAGAUUUGGCCGGAUCCAAUAAAGUUUGAUCCGGAUCGCUUUCUUCCGGAAAAUUCGAAGCAUAGGCACCCAUACGCCUUCGUUCCGUUCAGUGCUGGACCGAGAAACUGUAUAGGCCAGAAAUUCGCCCUACUCGAAGAGAAAAUCGUGUUGACUGCUAUUCUCAGAAAGUGGAAAGUGAAGAGCGUGAAAACGGUUGACGCGAUUCAGUGUGGCGGCUCUAUCAUUUUGCGACCAAAUGAAGAAGUACCCAUGCAUUUCACGCCAAAGAAAAUUACGAGAAUGGAUUUCAUCUUUUUGGUAGUAUUUACUCUUUGCAUUAUUGUAAUUUUCGCAGUUUCGUCAAUAGUACAUCGUCAGUAUGUUCUUCGACAAAAACUUAAACAUAUUCCCCAAACCGGCGGAUAUCCUUUUAUUGGAAUGAAAUUUGAGAUAAUGAAAUUAUCUCAUUAUGAACGCAUGAAAUGGUUUCUAAGGUUUAUGGAGGAUACUCAAGGAGGAUUAUUCGUACAAUGGCUUGGAAGCACGCCUUUUAUUAACGUGUAUAAACCAGAAUAUUUAGAGGUUAUUCUUUCGAGCACCGUAAAUAUCACAAAAGGGAUACCUUAUGACAUUGUGGCAGAAUGGUUGGGCAACGGACUUUUGACUUCUACAGGAAAACAAUGGUUCCACGAUAGAAAACUCAUUGGGCCAACGUUUCAUUAUAGUAUAUUGGAUCAAUUUGCUGUGGUUCUCUUUGAAAAAGCAGAGAUCUUAACAAAAUGUCUCGAAAGAAAAAUAGACGAAGAUCCUGAGAAAGCCUUUGAUAUUUUUCCACUUGUUGUCAAUGCUACUCUUGAUAUUAUCUGCGAAACAGCAAUGGGUGUGGACAUACAUGCUCAAGAAGUCACAACCCAAUAUGCAUCAGCAGUACAUGAAGCAUCCCACUUAAUAAUAGAACGAGUACUUCGACCAUGGUACUGGAUUAAUUCAUUGUACUAUUUAAUGCCUUCAGGGAAGCAGUUUAAAUCAGCCCUUGAUAUAAUGCAUAGGUUUACGACAAAGGUGAUAAGUAAGAGAAAAGCUGAACGACAAUUGCAAAACUGUCAUACAUCGGAGACUGAAAAUGAGGACCAUGAAUUUAAUAUAGGUAACCGGAAAAGGAAAGCGUUCCUAGACUUAUUAUUAGAUCAGAAUGCGAAAGACGACGCUCCCUUGACCGAUGAUGAGUUAAGAGCGCAAGUUGACACGUUCAUGUUUGAGGGACACGACACAACUGCGGUCGCGAUAACUUGGGCUCUUUUUCUGUUGGGCAAUAAUCUCGAGCAUCAGGAAAAGGUUCACGAAGAACUCAAAGAGGUUUUCGGAGAUUCGGAAAAACCAGCCAGUUUAAAGGAGUUGUCGCAAUUAAAUUAUCUCGACAGAGUCAUAAAAGAGACUCUCCGCAUUUUUCCGAGUGUACCUUUAAUUUCGAGGAAACUCACAGAAGAUAUAAAAUUGGAUAAAUAUACGAUUCCAAAAGAUAGCACUGUUGUAUUAGGACUUAUGUUGACACAUCGAAACUCGAAGAUUUGGCCGGAUCCAAUAAAGUUUGAUCCAGAUCGCUUCCUUCCGGAAAACUCGAAGCAUAGGCAUCCGUACGCCUACGUUCCGUUCAGCGCUGGACCGAGAAACUGUAUAGGCCAGAAAUUCGCCCUACUCGAAGAAAAAAUUGUGUUGAUUGCUAUUCUCAGAAAAUGGAGGGUGAAAAGCGUGAAAACGGUUGAUGCGAUUCAAUAUGGUGGUUCUCUCAUUUUGCAACCAAAUGAAGAAGUAUCCAUGCAUUUCACGUCGAAAAAAUGA